UGUCGUUUCCGAACAAAGUGUCCCAAGUAGUAGCCGCUGAGAGAAUGGGUUCCUUGGAAGCCGAAAAUAAAACUCUCCGUGGCGCCGAAGAAGAAGAGGAUUCUACUUCUACCAAGAAACGCGGCAAGUUCUACGACAUUUAUGGACCCGAAGGCAAGGCGGAUGUUGUUUUCAACUCACCAGAAGAUAAUUCAACUCUCAAUCUUAGUGAUGUUCAAGGACUUGUAACUUGGGUGCUCGGUGAAGGAUUUAUGCCGUCAUGGGUUUUUAUUAAGAAUAAACCUCUUAUUCCCAAAGUGGUUAUGCUCUAUGUGCCAGGCCUGGACGCAGCUUUGUUCUUGUCGCAGUCUAAAAUGCUUCCCAGAUUAAAAAUUUUCUGUGGCAAACCAAGGGCAGUCCUAGCUCUUAGCUGUGUAUCAGAUGGUAUGCAGACGAUAGAUGCACUCCUAACAUGCAAGAUGAAAAGGAAAAGGGACGAGAAUAGUUCAAUUAUGAGGAAAUCUGCUCUGACAUCUCAACAAGACAGUCUAUCGUUUAAGGAGCUUACAAAAGACAUACCUUUCCCUGUUACAUACUAUACACUAACAGAGAAAGAGUUGGAAGAGAAUGGAUAUUCUGUUAAUAAGCCAGGUUUUCUUUCUACUUUGCCCGCACCUUCGGGAUCUCCUUUUUAUGAUAUGUUGGCACUUGAUUGUGAGAUGUGCAUAACAAGUGAAGGUUUUGAGCUGUCAAGAAUUACUUUAGUGGAUGUCAAAGGACAGGUUUUGAUAGAUAAGUUGGUUAAACCAUCAAAUGCCAUCACUGAUUACAACACAAGAUAUAGUGGAAUAACGUCAGAGAUGUUAGAUGGCGUGACGACAAGUCUGAGAGACAUUCAGGAAGAGUUCCUAAAGUUGGUUCACAAGGAGACUAUCCUUGUUGGGCAUUCUCUGGAAAACGAUUUGUUAGCAUUGAAGAUAUCUCAUGACUUGGUCAUUGACACAGCAGUGUUAUACAAACACCCCCGAGGAUCAACUCAUAAAAAUGCUCUACGGUUUCUUACUAAGAGAUUUCUUUCAAGGGAGAUACAACAGUCAGGGAAUGGACAUGACAGCAUUGAAGAUGCUAGAGCUACCAUGGAAUUGGCACUAUUGAAGAUCAGAAAUGGGCCUAAUUUUGGUUCCCCUCCAUCCUUUACCCGGAAAAAGCUCCUUUCUAUUCUGAGUGAGUCUGGCAAAACCUCCUCACUGAUUGAUGAUAUAUCUGUAGUAAAACGGUAUGCCUCAGAGUCCUCUCAUGCAAUUCCAGUGACCUCUGAUGAUGUAGCACUUGCAAAGGCCAACAAGGAGGUGAAGAAUGGAAAGGUACAUUUUAUCUGGACUCAGUUUUCGGAGCUACACUCAUACUUGAAGAAACAAGCUGAAGAUUCUGAGAGGUUGAAUAGAAGACUUGCAGAGAUGUUGGCAUUACAAACAUGUCAGAAUAAUUUUACAAAAGGGAAAGACUUCAAGUUGAAAGCAUCUGCUGAACUGAAGGAAAUUCUGGCUCGCAUGGAUGCUAGAAUUCAUAAUCUGUAUUUGUCAUUACCCACAAAUGCCAUGAUGAUAAUUUGCACUGGUCACGGAGACACUGCUAUUGUCCGCAGGCUGAGAAAAAUGCUUGCGGAGCAGAAUGAAAGUAAUAUAUGUCGUGAAAAGAUUGUGGAAAUAUUGGAAGAGGUUCAGGCCCGAGCUGAAGUAGCCUUGUGUUUUGUAGGUGUAAAACAUUGAGUAUAAUAAUUGUUACAAAAUGAACUGAUGUUAAUUUUGUUAGCAUGUAGUGAGUACCCACAAUUUGAUCGUGAACGUUAUAAAUGUAAAUAUUGUGGUAGAGGUCAGUAGUUAUACAUGUGUGCCAUAGCUUUUGGUGGUGGGGAGGGGUAUGAAAGUGCCCCAAAUGUAUGAUUCUGCUUGUUUAAAAUUAUUGAUUUAACUAUUACGUAUUUUUGCCCUAAUA